AUGGAUAAGAGCACAGACAGGAUAGUUACCCUAGAUACCAAUACAAUAACGUCGAAGAAUAGUUCGGUUGAGUCGCUCUCAACGGCGUCGUCGCUGGUUGACAAUCUGCUGAGCGAAAAGGCCAAACGGCGAAAGCACAAAAAUUCCAAAAUGGGGUGUCCCAAUUGCAAGAAAAGGCGGGUUAAAUGUUCCGAAGAUUUACCCGCAUGCUUCAAUUGUGUAAAACACAAAGUCAAAUGUGGGUAUCUCGAUUAUACCAAGGAACAAUUAAAGGAGUUGAGGGAAGUUAAGCUGCAACGGGCAUUGAAACAGCGACCGCGCAAUCUGAAAAAAUCCAACGAUUUUGAAAAAGAAAAAGAAAAAGAAGAAGAAGAAGAAGAAGAAGAAGAAGAAGAAGAUUCUAUUCAAACUGAGCCAUCAAGCUUAAAUAUCAAUGCCUCGAAAAAAAAAGUUAUAGGGUCAAAGAGGAAGCGACUGGUGUCGACUACUCCUGCAUUGGAAUCACAACGGGAACUUGCAAACCAUAAUGAUAACACUACCACUAAUAAUAGUAAUAACAGUAAUAAUAAUAAUAACAACAACAGUAAUCAUCAUUCUCCUACAUCGUUUAGCACAGAGGAACAACACAAUAUUCUUACAGUGACAGUCGAUAAAUUAAAACUUCCUCUGGACAAUAGUAGUAGCAGUACGAGCCAACUAAUUACUCAAAAUUAUGAUAAUUUGCUACCAAUUGAUUCCGGAAAUGAGAUAACAUACCCAGUAUACUUUAUGCAAAACGACUGUGCAAUGAUUAAUCAAAACACAAAUUUGCUAAUUUCCAAUAAACUUUUGGACCACCAGCUGCUGUGUCUACUACCUCGAGCAUUAAUUCUUCUAACAACUUUCAAGUGCACAAAGAGGGUAAACAUCAAUUACGAUUUGAAGCUUAGAAGGAUGCUUAAAGAAAUGGGACCGUUAGUACUAAGCGGCGAGGCUACUUUAACGCAGAUUCGAGAAUUUUACAAGCUUUGGCUAAACUCGUUUGUAUGGAAAGGAUACACUAGCCACUUUAUGUUUUACUGUUUACUAAAUUUGAGCACCAACUACUUGAUUUCAAAUUGUUUUGGGGAUUCAUACAAGUACUACAGCAGUAGCGAAGAAACAUCGCUGAGUUCUAGAGGAACUCAAUUGGAUAAUGUACGGCGAACAUGCCUUGUUAAGUCCAUAAAGUAUUAUGAUGAAGUUAUAAAAGGUCUUCGAAUUACAUUGAAAGCUAACCUUGAACCAGACGUGGUAAGUUCUGUAUCCUACAUCUUGAGUCUUAUGUCUGUUUAUGAUCCUGAGAGUUCGCUAGACUCAACAAUUUGCUUUAGAGAUGGCAUGUUUAACGUAUUAUCCUAUAAUGCAAAUUCAAUGACUGAACCUGUAAUCAUCCCCGUGUAUUUGAGGUUAGUUACUAAUGUGUCAAUGUCGGUUUACAUACCGGGUUACAAUCCGCUGUUUUUAUCUGAAUGUCAACAUCUUCUUACGAAAUUUGGAGAGAUAUUAUUACCAAUAGUGACAAGAUCCACUUCAACAUUGGAGGAAUAUUCGACACAUCGGUUUCUUUACUUGAAAUAUCAUGAACUUUUAGCAUUUUUAAAUGAUGCGAUUCAACAUUAUAUUCCGCAGUUGAAUGAGAGCUUGGCGGAUAUGGAACUUCAACAACGGUUACUUUAUGAAAUUAUUAUGCGGUGGGUCAAGAUAUUCCCCGGUAGGUUUAUCGCUGGUAGGAAAUCCCAAGGAAUCAUGGAAAAAAUUCUUUAUUUGUUUUAUAAAGCUUUUAAAAGAUCGUUUUUUGCCAUAUGCCCUCAGCUUAAGUACUUUUUUCUUCGCGAUUUAACUAGUCCCUUGAUGAUGGAUGUAUUUGCAAGCGAUGAUGAUUUCGAUAUAUUUGACAAGGACUUACAGAUGGCAGCUUCACAGCAGUUUUCAAAUGGGACAAUUGCACCUUACAUUGGAGAAUUGCGAUACAUUGCAGCUUACUUGAUACGAAUGAUUACCUAUUUCCAGAUUCGAUUGAGCAUUCUUUACAAGUAUUUGGUUCACGAUGGAAGUAAAGAUGUUGACAUGAAAAUCACCGAGGUUAAUCAAUGGAGAAGUAGUAUAAAUAACAUUAUUGAUAGUAGGCGAGAGUUUAUGGAAAAAGUUGGACUCAUGGAAGUUCACAUUUCUUCGUUUACAAGACAAUAUAUUCGUAAAGAGAAUUAUCCUCAGAAGUUGGUGCAACAACACGAGGUUGAUGGAAAUUAUCCUCAGAAGUUGGUGCAACAACACGAGGUUGAUGGAAAUUAUCCUCAGAAGUUGGUGCAACAACACGAGGUUGAUGGAAAUUAUCCUCAGAAGUUGGUGCAACAACACGAGGUUGAUGGAAAUUAUCCUCAGAAGUUGGUGCAACAACACGAGGUUGAUGGAAAUUAUCCUCAGAAGUUGGUGCAACAACACGAGGUUGAUGGAAAUUAUCCAAUGGAAACAUUAGCUGUCACCAACGACCCUGUUGAUUUCACGAGUCUUGAGAAAUCAGGAUUAUUACAAAAGGAUUACGAUAUUCGAUAA